CAGACAAUUUCUUCUCUUUUAUGAGAUGUAUUUGUUUUGUAAAUGGCCCCUGAUUUAAAUAACUGUGAUAAACUAGAUUUAAUACGCUAUGUCAGCUCGACUGAAGUAGACGUUCCUGUGUGUUAAAAAUACUGUAAACCUUCUCUGUUUGAAACAUCUUCGAGCAAAAUAACAAAGACCUUUAACCCUCUAGAAAACAAUGAAACAAUACCAGACUUAAAAUGUAUUUAAGUCUAAAUAAUGCCUGUCAACACAGUACAAACAUCCUGUAGAAAUCAUUCAAAACGUACCAGGCAGGGUCGAACACUUUAUACCAGUUUGGCGGCAGAUUCUCCACUCUGGUGGAUUCAUAAUCUACGUUGUUGUCGUCGUAGUCUUCAGCAAUAAUCUCCUCAUCGCCCUCUGGAGGAAACGGAGAAGCAAGCUGUUACAUGACACGUGAAACAUAAAUUAAAGGUAUGAAUGCUCCCAGAGGGUUUCUAAUAAAAUGCUUCACCUUGAUCUGACGGUUUGACGAUCCCUCUCUUGGCCAAGCGGGCCAGCAGCGCUGCAGGAAGAGGCAUCUGCAGCAGAGAGGAGGAGGAGGAUGAGGAGGAUGCAUCGUACCAAAAUACCCAAAAUAAUGAAACCAACAGAGCUUCAUUUUUAUUUGUAUUUAAUUAUUUGUGUUUGAUUGACUACUGUCCUUCUCUCAUAUGUGUCUUGUUCCCUGUAGCAGAUUAACCCUCUUUUUUAUGCAUGUGACGUGUUUUUUUUCAUGGGUGCAGACUGGAAGCCCAAUCCAAAUGUCCUACAGCUUUACCCAACAGAGUGAAUCUUAAAUCUGAUGUAAAUUAAAUUAUAUUUCUGUGUUGGUAUUCGGCUUUUGACUGUGUAUUUGGAAGGAAAACUGGCAAUUUGAUGAAAAUAUAUCAGGGAUUUUAGACGAUAAUUAAGAAAAUAAUUGCCAGAUUUUUUUAGACAGGACACUACACUUCCUAGGGUCCCUCAGUAAUACACCAAAGUGUGUGCAGUCGAUCUGAUAAGGACAGACAGAUUCCUGUGCACAUACUGCAUGCCACUUGGGUCAUACCAGUGACAAAGGUCUGCAGACGCCACUGGUUGUAUUGGUCUAUCUGUAUCAGAGAGCAAGAAGGCUGAACAGAAACACAGCAAUGUCCUGGUUCUGGUUCUGCUACUUGCUUUUGUAUCUCUGAGCCCCCCACUGACAUGUUAGCUUGUGUUGCUUCUACAUGAUUUGGUCAGAAUCUUAUUUAUAAAUUAAGGAUGCAAUAUCCAUUUAAAAGUAAAUUGUUUUCCAUAUUAAAACCUGUACCGCCCGCUUGGUGAGUCCAGAGGCAGAAACUGGGUGAUUAAACCAAAACACACCUGUUUUCUCCCCCUAGAAAUACUCCGUCUCUAAAUGCGUACACUUCUACAGAGAAUUAAAGCAAUAAAUAAAUCAAAUAUUACCUUUUUUUCGUAUAAAAUCGCCUCUGUGAUCUCGAGGAGACUUCCCACAACAGCACACGGCGCGCGCAGUGAUGACGUAUCACAGUUGUUUCCCUGACGACAACAAAGAUGGAGGAGUAUGCUCGAGAACCCUGUCCCUGGAGGGUAGUGGAUGACUGUGGAGGGGCUUUUACUAUGGUGGCAAUCGGAGGAGGGGUGUUCCAGGCGAUCAAGGGCUUUCGUAAUGCCCCUGCUGUGAGUAUACCACAAAAUAAUGAUGACUUUUUAAAGGCAUUGGUAAACAGAGCUUUAAUAUUUCAGGGUGUCGGACACAGACUGAGAGGAAGUGCCAACGCAGUGAGAAUCAGAGCUCCGCAGAUUGGAGGUAGCUUUGCUGUAUGGGGGGGUCUCUUCUCCACCAUCGACUGUGGUUUGGUUCGUCUGAGGGGUAAAGAAGAUCCGUGGAACUCAAUAACCAGCGGCGCGCUGACCGGAGCCAUCCUGGCCGCACGCAGUGGGCCGUUAACCAUGGUGGGCUCUGCCAUGAUGGGGGGGAUUCUGCUCGCCCUCAUUGAAGGAUUCGGGAUCCUCCUCACCAGAUAUACAGCGCAGCAGUUUAGGAACCCUCUUCCCUUUGCAGAGGACCCGAGUCAGUUACCUCCGAAGGACUGAGGACAGUGGGUGGGGGGGCAGAGUCAGUAGAGAGACAGAGCACCUGUAAACACAGUGAGUCAGACCAGAAGUUUGUGGGGGGGGGGCACUGCUCUCUACUGUGGGGACAAGUAGUUGCACAAUAUACAUAUACCUCAGGGAGUUAACUGUGAGUUUAUGUAUUUAUUAUUUCAUUUAUGUGACAUGUUUGCACCUCCAGCAUCUCUCCGUCUGUAUUACUCAUCUGUUCACGUUGUUCUUUUUGGGUUAAAUGUGCAAAUCUGUGUUUUAAAUUGACCAGCGUCUGUGUGUAAACCCUUGUGAUUCUCCUUUUAAAAAGCUGCAACGAUUCCCUAAGAGGACAAAAAAAACGGGUGUAAAGUUACUUACUUUAUUUUCCACUUUCACUUUACCCAAAAAUCACAAAACAUGAAUAACAUUCUGUAUCUUAAAUGAUAGUUUCUUAUAAUUCUUUGCCAGACUCUUGGUUAUGUCGAUGAUUAGCAACGACAUUGAUUUAAGGGCAUCCAACACCGCCAUGCUCCAUGAUGCAGCAGCAAUGCCUCAAGUGGAAACUAAGAAAUAAAAUACAUUUUCCCCACAGAACGUAUUUUUUAAACACCAAAAAUGCUAGUAAUGCACAAAGGUCAAUGGAGUCGUUUUAUAUUUUGGGAAACACGCUUGUAUGCUUCAAAGCUACGAGUCCGAAGAGAAGAUCAACGGCUCAAAAGUAAGACAGUUAUAUUACCAGCACCUCAUAAUAAAGCUAUCAGCUUGUUAUAUGCUGUUUGUUUUGUACUCAAGGUGUAAAGACUCAUCAGUCAUUUGCAUUUAUUUUCUAACACUACUCAAGAAAGCAAAUAAGCAUAUCAGAGCUGCAACGAAGAGCCAACCGUCUGUAGAGGGAUAGACGUCUAAAGGAUUGAACGUGGACUUUGAGAGACUGGGUUGAAUAUUUUGGGACGUUUUAUAAACCAAACGACUAAUUGAGAAACUGUUCUGCAGAAUGUUCAAGAAUAAAAACGACGUUACAGCUCUAAAGCGAAUUACCCCAAACCUGAAUCUAUUCCUUGUAGCUACCAAUGAUUUUAUACUUGAAUCACAGAGUAAAAUAUUGAGAAAAUGAGAUGAAAUGAGAUGUCAGUCAGGUUUUAUUAUGGAGAGUAGUCUUACCUUUUGAAUUAUGUGUCAGCUGUGAAUGUUUUUGAAUGAACAUGUCUCUAGUUUCUAAUGUCAAUCUUAGUUUUGCCGUUUCUCCUCAGCAAGGUCUUGCUUCUUCUGGUAGCUUUUGUCCUUUAAUGUUAUGUAUUAUGAGGAAGAGCACAAAUAUUGAUGAGUUUUGGGAAGAAAUGAUGGCUUAAACCUCUUAUAUUUGCACCUUUCGUCACCUCUAUUGCUCGGUUAAACAGCAAAGCACUUUAAAACUCACCUGUGUUUUCUUAAAGCAUCAGUCCCAGUAGAGAUGGUGCACAAUGAUCCUGUGUUUUACAGUCAAACUAAAUAAUGUCUAUUUAAUGUAAUAUAAUGUAAUAUAUUUAUCUUAUCAAGAGCUGAUAUAAAAGACACA